UGCUAACCAACUCGGCUUGAUCAAACUCUGUCCUUUGUUCCUUCGCCUAUAAAACCAUGUUUCUUUCAUUUUAAAGGCUGGCACAAAAAAAUGGAGACGAGCACUGCUGGUGCAACCAGCAGGGAUCUUCUUCACACAUCUCAAUAUCAUCCCCAUGUUCUUUAUAAUCGCGUCUUUGCUAUAACUUACACUUUAGCCAUUUUUGCUUUACUAUAUCACCAUGCACUUGCAUUGCUCCACUCCCCCAAUGCACUCUCCAUUUGUCUGUUCAUCGCAGAUAUCAUUCUAGGAUUCAUGUGGAGUACAGUGCAGUCUUUUCGCAUGAGGCCUAUAAUUCGUCAAGUGUUCCCUGAAAAUCUUGAAAAAUCCUUGAUUCGUAGAGAUUUUCCGCCCUUGGAUAUUUUUAUAUGCACUGCAGAUCCUUAUAAGGAGCCACCUAUAAACGUCGUGAACACGGCCUUAUCAGUCAUGGCUUAUGAUUAUCCUAUGGAGAAGAUGUCGGUGUAUGUGUCCGAUGAUGGAGGAUCUCAGUUCACUCUGUUUGCUCUCAUGGAGGCAGCAAAAUUUGCGAAGGUCUGGCUGCCCUUUUGUAGGAAAAAGAAUAUCAUGGAAAGGUGUCCUGAGGUGUAUCUUAGUUCAAAUCAUCUUCAAUGCUCCGAGACUGAGGAGAUUAAGGUGAUGUAUGAAAUCAUGAAGACAAGGGUAGAAUAUCAGUUAAAGAGAGGUAAAGUGAGUGAUGAGUACAUUUUUAGUGAACAAGAGCGCAGAAUUUUCGACAAAUGGUCUAAUGAAUUUACUCCAAGAAACCAUCCUACCUUAAUCCAGGUCUUUUUAGAGAGCUGCAAAGACAAAGACGUUUCGGGGAAUUGUAUGCCGAAUCUUAUAUACGUCUCGCGAGAGAAGAAUUCGUUGUUCCCGCAUCAUUAUAAAGCUGGUGCUCUUAAUGCCUUGCUGCGAGUAUCUGCAAUCAUGACUAAUGCACCUCUGGUCCUCACUCUUGACUGUGACAUGUACUCAAACGAUCCCACAACUCCUCAUCGCGUGUUAUGCUACUUAGCUGAUGCCUCAAUAAAGCCGGAACUUGGUUACAUCCAGUUCCCUCAACGCUUUCAUGGGAUUAACAAGGCCGAUAUAUAUGGUUCAGAAGUUAUUCGCAUGUUCAUUUGUAAUCCUAUGGGUAUGGAUGGUUUUGCCGGCCCCAAUUAUGGUGGUUCUGGUACCUUUUUCCAACGACGAGCUUUCUUUGGAGGUCCUCCCACAUUUUUCACCCCUGAAAUUGAACAUCUGAGUCCAUAUCAUAUCGCGGACAAGCCCAUAACAAGCGAGGCUAUACUACAAUUGGCUCACCUUGUAGCCGACUGCAAUUAUGAAAACAACACAGCUUGGGGAACUGAAAUAGGGGUCCGAUACGGAUCAUUGUCUGAGGAUUACUAUACUGGCUAUCAGUUGCAUUGCAAUGGGUGGAAAUCAUUUUUUUGUCACCCGGACCGCCCUGCUUUCUUAGGCGACACGCCAAUCACUCUGAUAGACGUGUUAAACCAGAACAAACGAUGGUCUGUUGGUGCCCUGGGCGUGACCAUUAGCAAAUAUUGUCCAUUAACUUAUGGGGUGUCGAAAUUAGGCUUUCUCAUGGCUUAUAGCUACGCCUACUACGCCUUCUGGUCUAGCCUCUCCAUUCCUAUCACCAUUUACGCCUUCCUUCCUCAGCUGGCUCUUCUAGCUAGAGUUUCCGUAUUUCCUAAGGUGACUGAUAUAUGGGGCUGGCUUUACAUUUUCCUGUUUCUCGGGGCCUAUGCACAAGAUUGCCUCGACUGCAUAACACACGGUGGCACAUUGCAGAGGUGGUGGAACGAACAAAGAAUGUGGCUAGCCAGAGGGGUCUCCUCCUAUAUAUUCGGACUCGCUGAGUACAUAUCCAAGCACUUGAACAUUGGAAUGCAAGGAUUCAACGUGACACGCAAAGUAUUCGACGAGGAACAAAAAAAACGAUACGAUCAAGGGAAAUUUGAAUUUGGAGUCCCCUCGCCUAUGUUUGUGCCAAUAGCAUCAGCAGCGAUCAUCAACCUCCUCGCCUUUCUUGAUGGAAGUAUACAUGUCUGGAACAGCGGAAAUGUGGAAGAAUUGCUUGCGCAAGUAUUUGUAGCGGGUUUCGGAGUGUUGAAUUGUUUGCCAGUGUAUGAAGCUAUGGUUUUGAGAAGGGAUAAAGGAAGGAUGCCAAUCAAGAUUACAGUUAUCUCAACUUUGGUAGCAGCAGCCUUUUAUGCAGCAGCAAGUGUCUUUAUAUAAAUUUACAGAUAUAAGCACUGCUUAAUUGUUAAUUAUAACUUAUAAGCCAGGUUGAUCUUAUUAUGGUGUGUAAAAUUCUUCAUAUUUGUAUUGCUCUGUUUGUUCAGUUUUC